UCUGACCCCCCAGCAAUCCUAAUUUUCCAUUCCCUCCUGAUUGAGCUAUUCAACCUCGAAACACAACAUCGUCACAACACAAAUCUCUACAUUCUUUGAAGAUGAAGGCUCUUAUUCUUGUCGGUGGCUUCGGCACUAGAUUGCGACCCCUCGUGCGUUUUCCCUCCUCCCAUCAACAUGGAGCCCAAACACUCGCGCGGAUACCUUGAGCUUCGACAAUGCAUUCAGCGACUGAUAAACCAAUAGACACUCACCCUCCCGAAGCCGUUGGUCGAAUUCGGCAACAAGCCCAUGAUACUACACCAAAUUGAAGCGCUAGCGGCUGCUGGAGUCACAGAUAUCGUUCUGGCUGUUAACUACCGACCUGAGAUUAUGGAGAAAUUUUUGGCAGACUAUGCCACCAGAUUCAACAUUAAGAUCACCUUCUCGGUCGAAACCGAGCCUCUAGGUACAGCUGGACCCCUUAAACUCGCGGAAGAAAUCCUCGGAAAGGAUAAUACUCCAUUCUUUGUCCUAAACUCCGACGUUAUCUGCGAAUACCCAUUUGCGGACCUCGCAGCUUUCCACAAGAAGCACGGUGACGAGGGAACGAUCGUUGUCACAAAAGUUGAAGAGCCGUCGAAAUACGGUGUGGUCGUCCACAAGCCCAGCCACCACUCGCGGAUUGACCGAUUCGUCGAGAAGCCCGUCGAAUUCGUAGGAAAUCGUAUCAAUGCUGGUAUCUACAUCCUGAACCCCAGUGUAUUGAAGCGAAUCGAAUUACGCCCUACAUCCAUUGAGCAAGAAACUUUCCCCGCAAUCUGCAAAGAUGGACAAUUACACUCAUUCGAUUUGGAAGGAUUCUGGAUGGAUGUCGGACAACCCAAGGAUUUUCUAUCGGGAACCUGCCUCUAUCUCUCCUCUCUCACAAAGAAGGGCUCCAAGCUUCUCACAUCCCCCAAUACCUCCUAUGUACACGGUGGAAACGUCUUGAUUGACCCCUCUGCCAAGAUUGGCCGGAACUGCAGAAUCGGCCCCAAUGUUACCAUUGGUCCAGAUGUGAUCGUCGGCGAUGGUGUCCGUCUCCAACGAUGCGUGCUGUUGGCAGGAUCCAAGGUCAAGGACCAUGCUUGGGUAAAGAGCACCAUCGUCGGCUGGAACUCGACAGUCGGAAAAUGGGCUCGAUUGGAGAAUGUCAGUGUGCUAGGCGACGACGUCACAAUCGGAGAUGAGAUCUAUGUCAAUGGAGGAAGCAUCCUGCCACACAAGAGCAUCAAAGUCAACGUCGAUGUGCCAGCCAUCAUAAUGUAAGCAUAGAGAAGGCUUUUGGAAGGAAUUUUGACAUCUCGGCUUGGAGAGUGGUGACCUGGGAUCUGUGCAACGGGUUGCCAGCCAGUCGUAUC